CGCGGGGCCGCGCCGCGACGGACCGACGGCUCGGCUGGGACCGGCUGGGAGCGCUGGGAGCGCCUGGGAGCGGCUCGGCUCGGCCCGGCUCGGCCCCGGCCCGGCACGGGAGGGCGGGAGGGAGGGGCGCGCUCCCCCCGAGCGGCGGCUCCGGGCCGCAGCCCCCCGUUGCGGUCGGAGAGGCGUGCAGCACCGGGCCCUGCGAUGCCGUUUGGCUGCGUGACGCUGGGAGACAAGAAAGAUUAUAACCAGCCGUCCGAGGUGACUGACAGAUAUGACCUGGGCCAGGUCAUCAAAACGGAAGAGUUCUGUGAAAUCUUCCGGGCCAAGGAGAAGUCGACGGGGAAGCUCUACACCUGCAAGAAGUUUCUGAAGCGGGACGGGCGGAAAGUGCGGAAGGCAGCCAAAAACGAGAUCAUCAUCCUCAAAAUGGUAAAGCACCCCAACAUCCUACAACUAGUGGAUGUCUACAUCACCCGCAAGGAAUAUUUCAUCUUCCUGGAGCUGGCCACUGGCCGGGAGGUCUUUGACUGGAUCCUGGAUCAGGGCUACUACUCCGAGAAGGACACCAGCAAUGUCAUCCGGCAGGUGCUGGAGGCUGUUGCCUACCUGCACUCGCUCAAGAUCGUCCACAGGAACCUCAAGCUGGAGAACCUGGUGUACUAUAACCGCCUGAAGAACUCCAAGAUCGUCAUCAGCGACUUCCAUCUGGCCAAGCUGGAGAACGGGCUCAUCAAGGAACCCUGCGGCACCCCUGAGUACCUGGCUCCAGAGGUGGUGGGGCGGCAGCGGUACGGGCGGCCGGUGGACUGCUGGGCCAUCGGUGUCAUCAUGUACAUCCUGUGAGUGUGGGGUGAGGGC